GCAACCGCAUUUGGCACAAUAAUCUUAAUCAUAUCCUCCUAGAGAUUACCACCUUGUGUCCUAAAGCGCAACAUUAUAGAGACAGAGUCAAGUCUCCAGAAUAAACAACAAAUUCAGAAACCAAAAAAAAAAACAAACUCUGAAGCUACCAUUUGCACAGACAAGGGCACAACACCUUGUGUGUCUCUCCAAAUGCGGUCUAGAAAAUAUUAUAAAAACCUUGUGAACAUCAUUCUAAUUAAACUUUCCUUAAGAUUAUUAACUAUCCUUGCCACUAAAUACCAACAUGCCUUUUGUUGACCUAUGAGAAAGAAUUAUAACAACCUUAUAUAUGACCAGCAUCCACACAAUGAAAAUCAUCCUUUAAAAAUGUUAUUUGUUAAGGUAGAGAGAUUAGACUUUGUCACAGCACAAUGAAAUGGUCUAAGCUGGUCAAGAAGAUUCCAAUGCAACGUUGGUUGAUGCAUGUAUGUAUAUGAGGGAAGUUAGUUCGAGGCAUCUUAUACUAAAUUUGUCUCCUAUGAUAGGCCUUUUAAUUUGAAUCAAAUGCUGAUAUCUACAACUUUUCUUUUGCUAAUCCAGCUCAUGGGAAGAGAGAUACUUACUCUUUGUUCGUGUCCAAUAUGGUAUUAGUCACACAAUAAGGAGACACAAAGUGGAAGUUGGAUGAACGUCUAGGAAGCUAGAGAAAGAAUUAUCACUUUCAUUAUCCUCAACAGACUCGGACGUCACUUGGUUCAAUCUCUACAGCUUCCUUUAUCCCCAAAGUUGUAUCUCUAACAACUUCACCACAUUUUCACCAAUUUUAAUCCCACAAAUUGCUUAUGCAGCAGAAGCCCUGGAAUAAAAACCACAAAAAGAGUUACAGAUGGAAUGCAAAUUCUCGGAUAAAAGGUAUAAUUGAUACCGGAGUCUCUAGUUUGGGAGAUUUUUCUAUCAAAUUGGAUAGCAAUUUCCAAUAUUCGUCCUUAUCAAUUUUCAAAAUGCCGAGUAUUCAAGUUCUAUAAGAAAGCAAAUUUAACAUGAGUACUACGUCAACAAUCAAAGCAUGCAUGCACACAUUGCAAGUUUGCAACACAUAUAUAGCAUCAAACAAGAUAAAGCAAAAAAGGAAAGAGUUUUUUUUUUGGAAACUAAAAGAGGAAAGAGAGAAGAGAGGUAGAGGCUCAGGAGAUUGCAUAUCUUACAUUAUGAUUUCUCAUAAGUUUUCCAUUUCAUUAUCGAACACCUCUUAUAGGCGUCUGAAAGCAAGAUCGAGAGGUGCUUCUACAAGGUGACUCUAUAUUUCCUUUUUUCAAUAUAUAUAAUACUAGGGUUUCUUUUUCCUUUCUUGCUAGUCUCUACGUAACUCGACUCUCUAGAGGGUUUAUAAAUAUUAACAAGAUACACAAAGAACGAAAACCAUCAACAUUAAUCAGAGCGAUUCGAUCACGAAAACAUGCGACGUUACAGAAAGAAACCAAAGAUCGAUCAGCCCAAACCCGAUACGAAAUUCAUCAAGUCUCUAGGAAAGGGUACGUACGGCUCCGUCGAUCUCUUCAGCUACACAAAAGACGACGGCACAACGUUCCACAACGCCGUCAAGACCUCAGACUCCGAAGAUUACAACUCCAUCGAGAGAGAGUUUCGUAUCCUCACCGAACUCAGAGGAUGUCAAGGAAUCGUACAAUCUUUUGGUAACUCUCUGAUUCAAGAAACCGAUUCCAACGGAAAGAAAGUCUACAAGAUGGCUAUAGAGUACGCAGCUGGUGGUAACCUAACAGAUUACAUCCGCGUAAACCGAAGAUUAUCGGAUCCGGUUAUCAAAGACUUCACUCGGAUGAUUCUACAAGGAUUGGUUUCGGUUCAUGAUCACGGUUAUGUUCAUUGCGAUCUUAAACCGGAGAAUCUCCUUCUCUUCCCACGUUACGAUCAAGAAACAUGGUAUUGCUCGUACGUGUUAAAGAUUUCGGAUUUUGGGUUGACGGUCAAGGCAGGAGAUGAGUCUGUCUGUUGGGAAGCUAGUUCUCCUUUUGUCGGAACGCCUCUAUACAUGUCUCCAGAGUCGGUCCGAGACGGUACCACCGUUGAGAAAACCCUAGAUUUGUGGUCGUUGGGUUGCGUGGUUUUGGAGAUGUAUAACGGUAAGCAUCCAUGGUUAGGGGUUUGUGUUGAUGAUAUAAAGUCUCGUUUAUUGGGUGGAAAUGCACCGGAGAUUCCAGAGAGUGUUCCUUGUGACGCAAGGUUGUUUAUGGAGAAGUGUUUCGCAAGGGAACAUGGAGAGAGAGGGAGCGCUUCGGAGUUGUUGUUGCAUCCGUUUUUGAACGGAGAGAGGGAGGUGAGCGAUGACGCCGCCGGUGGAGUGAGGAGGAGGGUAGGGUUAAGGAUCAGAAAACCUCCGUCGAGGUUUGAAGAUAUUACAACACAUGGGCCGAAACAAAAGACCCGUUUAAGAAAAGGCCCGUUAUAAAGCUUAUGGGUAAAAUCACCAAAGGAACCACUUUGUUUUGGUUGACAUUAUAAGCUUACCAGUGUAUAUUUUAUAUCAAAAAAAGUGACAUGAACUUGUGUAUAACAGACUCAUUUUCCACGCACGAGGCUUGAAAUAUUUUAAAAAAAUAUUAUAAAAGUUUAUGUUUCCUUUCUUGAAUUUUGUUUGUUUUAAAAAGAAAGAAAAUGGACAAGGGGCCGGAGACAUAACAUAAUGUAGAGAAGUUCCCCACAUACAUCGUUAAACCAUCAUCUGAAAAGAUGCUUUCACUAUAUUGUAAUUGUUACAUAUAUAGAAUAUUCAUAAAUGGUGGUCCAUAUAAAAGAAACAAGACCCAUAUCAGUUUCAGACAAUAAUGAUAAUCACUAACCCACCAAAGCUUAGACCUUCCAAAAGCUAAAAUAAUCGCAUUUGUAUGUAAUUAUAUUUUUAUUGACAUUUCGCAUAUGUACACAAGUUUAGAGAGCCUAUUGUCUUCAUAUGUUGCUGUCAUUGCCUAUGUAUAGCUUACUCAUUCAAUCAUUUUUCUUUCCUAACGCCUAUUUUCAACUCUCUUUUAUAUUAUUUGUAUCCCAUUCUGUGACACGUUGAAAAAUUAACGUCAAUCUGAUCUCAAUCAAUUUUAUAGCUGUUGACAAAAAAUAUUGUUAAACAAUGGCGGGUGGAACAUCAAACGUUGUCGCAGAGGUUAUAGCUAAUAACAGAAAUAAGACAAGGUUAUUACGUUUUUUCAUGCUGAAUUUCAAGAUUUGGGUCGGUUGAUGCUGAUUUGUAGAGUAUUAUGGUUAAUUAUGAACUCAUUCGUAUGUUCAGAUACAUUAUAUUUAUUAGUAAAAAAGAACAAUUCUCCCACAAAAAUGAAUCCUCUUCGUAAUGUGUAAUGAAGAUCAUACCGUGAGGUAUUUGAUUGACCAUGGCGUUAUUGUAUAUAAGAAAUAAAAAUGAGUUUGGUGAAUUCGAUGAAAUGAUGGAGAGUUAGUAUAGAUUGUUUAACACUGAAAGAGACCAGUGAGCUCUUCAUGUUGUUUUCAACUCCACUUGCAUUUGUUCUGUAGCUAUUAAUUUUGGGCUUCCUCUCAUUCUUUAGUUCUGUUUUCUUCUACUUAAAAUAAAAUAUCUUCCAUCAUGUAUUUCCUAUAUUACUUUGAAGUUUGGUCCUUAUAUAUAGCUGAACAUUGUGAGGUCACAUACAAGGAAAAGGACAAGAUAUGCUUGUCCCUCAAAAUCUAGUCUUUUUUUUCAUCUUCCAUAUAUUUAUUAUCUUUAAUUAUUGCUGGCCAAACAAUUCACCAAUUUUUUUUUUGAAACUUACCAAUUUUAUUUUUGAGAAAAAAAAUAAUAAGGAGAGAAUUUGCAUACAUAUAUGUAUGUAAGAGUGGAGGAGUUGAAUCCAAGAUAUGGAUGUGAAGGCAAGAAAGUGAGAGAUAUGGUCCCCUCAACAAAAGCCAUUAAAUCUCUGAGCAUAUGACUGUGACUUUAAUGGCAAAGCAAAGAGGUUUGCAUUUGCAUGAUUCAAUGAAGGGUUGCUGUUAGGGUUUAGGAGAUUUGUGGGCUUUUAAGUGCAUGUUUUUUGUGUGGUUCAAAUGCCAUCCAUGGGACACAAUUACAUUUUUUUUUUGUUGUAGAAAGUUUUUCCUAUAUUUUAUAUUACUAGAAAAAGAUUAGAAAAUACUAAAACAUUCUUAUUAAUUUAUACUAUUUAAAAUCACUUAUCAUUUCCCUGGGAUAGUUCUUUAAUAUAAUUUGAAAUUUUAAAACCGCA